UGGGUGGCAGCGACCGGUGUCAAUAAUAAAUAAUAAUAAUAAUGUGUUGGUGAUGUCAAAAGAUCCUUCCUCGGUCAGUGGAACGCUUCCACGUGGAAGAGUCUAAGAACCACUAACUCUAGCUAGUAAGUGAGUUUCCGAGUAGGGCCUGUCCAUCGUCCGUCAAACUAUUCUCUUGACCGUUGUUUCUUGUGGCCACAUUUUGUCGAAUUGAAUUGGCUUUAGUCAGGAGAAGCAUUGUGUUGUGUGACCAUGGCGGAAGAGACGAAAGCAGAAGAGGCGGCAGCUCCAGCAGCAGCUGCCGAAGAGACCAAGAAAGAAGAAACAGCAGCGGCAGACGGUACUGGUGGCAACAACAAUAAGGGCAAGAACAACAAGAACAACAAGAAGGAUGAGACGCCCAUUGAGGAACUCUAUGAUCUCUCCAAGCCCAUUCCUAGGGUCCCCAAACCAAGUAAAGAAGACCACGAGAAGGAACUAGCCGAACUGACGGCCGCAUUGGACAAACUCAAGGAAGAUCGUCAAAAAGUGCAAAAGGAAAUCGAUGCCGCGUUGGACAAAAACAAGACGACCGGAUUGGGCAAAGAAAAGGAAGAACUGCAGAAACUGCGCAGUGCCAAGAAUGCCUUGAUUGAAGAGAAGAAAGCCAUUCGCAGCAAACUGGAUCAAUUCAAGUCGCAAGCCGAUCGCAUUGCCAAAGAUCGCAAGGAUGCGCGAUCGUCGGUCAAAUUCACGUCGGUCGCCGACAUUGACAAGGAAUUGUCCAAAUUACAACGGCGACAAGAGACCACGUCCAUGUCGUUACCGGAAGAAAAGAAACUACUCAAGGAAAUGGACGCGCUCCGCAAAUCCAAGGAAAUUGUCGCAUCGUUGCAGUCGGCCGAAGGCGACAUGGACAAUGUCAAGGAACAACGCAAAACCAUUCAAGCACUCCUCCAACAAAAAGACAAGGAAAUCGAUGCCAUUCAACAAAAAGUCGAAGCACAGCAACAAGUCAUCAAAUCCAUGUCCGACAAAGAUGGAGAAAAGCGCACUACGCUGCAAUCUCAUUUUGCCAAACGAGAUGAAUUUCGCAAUGCAUUCAACGAGAAACUCAAGGAAAAAGAUGCCCUCCGCGCCGAUUUUCGAGAAAAAAAUAAUGUCUGGUACAAUUACCAACGAGCGGUUCGAGCGCAAAAGAAGAUUCAGUACGAAGAAGACAAAAAGAAACGAGACGAAGAACAUCAGGCGUACUUGAAAAAGGUCGAAGAGGAAGAACUGAAAAAAGUUCCUUACGAAGCCGAACAGGCACUCUGUGAUUAUCUCGCCGAUUACCUCACCACUACUUACUUGCAAGACAAGAAUGCCGCCAAACAGGAAGAUAAAAAGGAAGACGUCGUGGCGGUCAAGGACGAUCCGUUUGCCGGAUUCAAACCCGUCUCCAAGAAGAACGCCGAGGAAGAUGAGUACUUUGGAAAGGGCAAGGGAAAGAAGAAACGCGAUCGCGGUAACAAAAACCAAGAUAAAAAGGGAUCAGGACCAUUCACUCUCAGCGUCGAUACGUUUGAACAGUUUGGUCUCAUUGGAUUGAAUCCACCCACCACGCUGGAAAUGGUGGAACCCACCGUCACCAAAUUGCGAGAAAAGAAGGAAUGGUACUCCAAACAACCGCGUGGAUCCGUACCCACUGCCAUGGAAAUUCGUAAAGCCAAUGAACGGGCCGCCGAAAAAAUCCGACAGCAAGGCAAGGGUGCCGACAGUAACAAUAAUAGCAAUAGCAACAAGAAGGGUAACAACAACAACAACAAAAAGGGCUUUGAUCUCGCCGAUGAUUUUGCACCACUGCCAGGAGCCAACACGGGGUCAAAUGCUCCCAUGUCCAUGUGGGGAAAACCAGCCAUCAACAACACUACCAGUGCCACUAACAGAAGUGCGCCAACACCAGGAGGACCCGAUCCAACGCCCCAGGAAGCAGCAGCAGCAGCAGCAGCAGCACAACAACAACAAUCGUAACAGCAAGAUCAGAUCUGAUGGGGUCCUCUUUCAUCCUGUUGAUUUGAUUGUGAAAGAUUUUUUGUUUUUGUGCACAUGGGGCGGCAGCAUGGAUGGAUUGGCUCCAAACCUUUUUACUUGUUCUCUAUGUGCUACCUACCUACCUAACCCAACCAACCAACCACCUCAGCGUCGUCCAAGGGAUCACGACAACCAUUACACAACGCACUUCACACACACACACCACAAAUAGCUUUCGAUCGAUUGACUAACUGGCCCAACAACAUUACUUGCGAGUUAAAAAUUGCAACCUUCAUGAUGGAG